GGGAACAAAAAUAGGUUGAUGAAGUUUUUAUAAAACAAAACAGUGAAUUUCAGGCAUGGAUUUUAGUCCCCUCACAAAGGCUUUGGCUUCCAAAUCGUAUCAAAACAUCGCUGAUAUCUGUGACAACCUCUUGCUUCAGGCUGCUGCUGAGGGCGUUGCUUAUGAGGACGAUUGGCCCUACUCUAUUCAUCUUCUUGCCCACAUUUACGUUGAUGAUAUUAACAGUGCUCGGUUUCUGUGGAAAUCGAUACCUUCUGCAAUUAAGGAGAGUCAGCUAGAAGUGGUUGCGGUUUGGAAAAUCGGUCAGAAGCUAUGGAUGAGAGAUUAUGGUGGUGUGCAUGAGGCUAUUCGUGGGUUUGAUUGGAGUCAGGAAGUUCAGUGUCUUGUUGCUGCAUUCUCAGAGCUUUACACAAAGAGGAUGUUUCACCUGCUGCUUUCUGCUUAUUCUACAAUAAGCAUCCAAGACACUGCUCUCUUUCUAGGAAUGAGUGAGGAUGAUGCCACUAAUUAUGUCCUGCAGCAAGGUUGGGUUGUGGACCCUGCUUCUAGAAUGCUUACUGUGAAGAAGCAGACUAUUGUGACAGAGCAAAAACUAGAUGCAACUAAAUUGCAGCGGUUGACAGAAUAUGUCUUCCACCUUGAGCAUUAAUCGAGUUUUGGGGAAUGUAUGAGCUAUGAAUGUCUUUUGCUUAGGAGACUGCCUUUCGGUUCAGCAUUGUCGUAUAUACUAUAUUCCAUCCCAUACUUGAAACUACUCUGGUAAUAUUUAUCUCAGUGAAAUUAUUGGAAGUGAAAAGCAUGUUUCAUUGGAUUUAA